AUGUUUGAAGUGAGAGAAAAAUCGGUGAUUCUUGAAAAUGGGAAUGAGAUUCCUUUGGUUGGUUUCGGAACGUGGCCGAUGAAGGGUGAUGAAUGUUACCACGCGAUCAGAAAAGCGAUCGAAAAUGGAUACCGUCAUUUCGACACUGCUUUCCACUACCAAAAUGAAGACGCAGUCGGCCGGGCCAUCAACGACGCGAUCGAAGAAAAGAAGCUCACUCGUUCGGAUUUCUUCGUCACUUCCAAACUCGCUGAUCAUCAUAAAAUGCCCGGAACACCGACGAAAAUGAUCGACCAUCAGCUUGAAAAGCUCGGGCUGGAAUAUAUUGACUUGUAUCUCAUUCACUCUCCAUGGUCGUUGGUCCCGACGGAAGAUUUGCUCUCUAUGGAGAAGAAGAAGGAUGCGUCGGGAAAGCUGGAGAUGAUAGAUACUCCGCUGACUGAAACUUGGCGAGAGCUAGAGAAGGCUAUCAAAUCACUUGGCGUUUCCAACUUUUCUUCGUCUCAAAUUUCCGAUAUUCUCAAAAUCUGCAAGCAUCGUCCUCAAAUGAACCAAGUCGAAUGCCAUCCUCUUUUUCCCCAAGACGAGCUUCUUCACUUUUGCCACGAAGAAAAAAUCAAUCUGACGGCGUACUCGCCUUUAGGAGGUGUUAGUCGGGAAAUUGCGGAAACGAAGACGAAGAAUUUCGAGUUCAUGAAAAAUGAAACGAUUUUGAAAAUUGCAGCGGAAUUGGAAAAGGACCCGGCGCAAGUGCUGCUCAAAUUUCAAGUUCGAAGAGGAAUUAUUGUCAUCCCAAAAUCGGCAAAUGACGAGCGGCAAAAAUCGAACAAGGAUUUGUUCUCUUUCGACUUCUCAAAGGAGCAGCUUGCGGAGCUAGAAUCGAUGAAUGGAGGCAAAGAAGGAAGAGGCUGGACAGAAGAACGAGUUUCUCACUCAAAAUAUUUUCCCUGGUGA